AUGGGAAGCAACGGUAUUAUCCCCGAGAUGAGGAAAAUUUGGAGACUUGGAGAUAAAUUCGAGGCCCGUAUGCCACAUCAUGACGGAAUUAAAGCUUUAUGGGAGACUAAAUGGAAAUUCCCUAAUAACAUCAACGAUGGUUACGGAGACGCCUACACCGAAGCAUUCUUUCCAACCGCCGAGAAACUUACCCAGCAAGGUGACGAACUAGCAAAAUAUAAAAACCUCACUUCAGCAUCAGAACUUUAUCUUCGAGCAGCGUGCCUAUACCGGAUUGCUCGAUUUCCCUACAUCACGAUGUCCCCCGUAGUAAACUCGCCCAUAAAGUGGACCGCCUGGGAAGCUCAAAAGGAGGUUUACAUGAAAGCUGGCGGUCUUUGGGAAGAUAAAGUGGAGGAGGUUGUAGUGCCAUUCUUGGAUAAAGCGGGCCGAGAUCGCGACGAGAUUCCGGUAUAUGUGCGGAUUCCAAACACCGGGAUUAAAGAGGGAAGGAAAGCACCAGUUGUUGUGCUGUUCACUGGUCUCGAUGGAUAUCGGCCGGAUAACACGCAGAGGACCGAGGAGUUUCUGAGACGUGGGUGGGCGUGCGUGGUUGUUGAGAUUCCAGGGACUGCCGACUGCCCUGCUGAUCCAAGUGACCCUACGAGUCCCGAUCGGUUGUGGACGAGUUUACUGAAUUGGAUGGCUACGGAGGAGUGUUUCGAUAUGGAGAAGGUUAUGGUGUGGGGGUUGAGCUGUGGUGGUUAUUAUGCGGUGAGGAUUGCGCAUACGCAUAAAGAUAGAUUGAGGGGCGUUAUAGCGCAGGGUGCUGGCACGCAUUAUUUCUUCACCAAGGAGUGGCUUGAAAAGGUUGAUGGGCAUGAAUAUCCGUUUCUCCUUGGACCUGCCAUUUCUCUCAAACACGGCUACGAUUCCUUCGAUGAAUAUAAAGAGAAAGCGUUGAAGAAGUUCUCAUUGCUCGAGAAUGGAAUCCUGCAGAAGCCGUCAACGAGACUGCUAUUAAUUAAUGGGUUGGAUGAUGGAUUGAUGCCCAUCGAGGAUUCACUGUUGCCGUUCGAGUACGGAACUCCAAAAGAGGCGAGGUUCUUUCCGAAUGCUUUGCACAUGGGAUAUCCAAUGGCAAAUGGGUCUGUAUAUCCGUGGAUGGAAAGUGUGAUGGUAGGAUAA